GUAGCAUCAACACCCUAAGUUUGACGUAUGACAAGUGAUAUCUAAUUCCGCUUUUCGUGACGUGAGUUUUGACGAACGUCAACCAAUCAAGGACAGAAUGAUUCAUCACGUUCAGGCCAUUUGUUCACUAAACCACACCUUAUUUCCAUGGUUGGGAAUUGUGAGCGGCAUAUCAAGGAAUGUCAGAUUGACCAAAUGAACACAAGGAUGCUUACUUACUUGAAGACCACUUGAAACCACGCCCUGUUUCCAUUCUGUACAGUUUGAUUUGACAAAUCUCAAGUGUUUGGUGUAUUUCUUAAGUGUGGCAACGUUGCUGGUGGUCUUGCAAAGUUGCAAAUUGCAAAUUUUAACCUUUGCCUCUGCCAUGGUAUGCAUGUUUUGACAAUUAUUGUUUUGACAUGCUUAUCUUGUAAUCUUUCGGUAAUCCCAAUAUCCCAAAGUUGUGAUAAUUUCCCUCAUUAAAUAAGGUGUUUUAUUCAAGUUUAUUUCAGUAGCUUUCUUAUACUUACUGUAACUGAUACGAGUUUUGCUGGUGAUAAUGGAUAAGGUAUCAAAUAUUGUUAUAAAGUCUUUGGAACAGUCCAAAUACAUCAAGCCACUUACAAUGCAUUUUACUCAAAACGGAACAAAUAGAACCUGGGACAUAUUGUCUGUCCAUGACAGUGUAGCGAUUGUUAUAUACAACAUCACAAGGAAUGUACUAGUCUUGGUGAAACAGUUCCGACCUGCAGUCUAUUUUGGAUGUUUAGCUGAAGAAGACAGAAAAGUAGGGGCUACAGUUGACACACAAAAGUAUCCACCAGAAAUUGGAAUCACAUUGGAGCUAUGUGCUGGGAUUGUAGAUAAAGCAAUCGCAGAAAUUGAAAUAGCAAAAGAAGAAAUACUUGAAGAAUGUGGUUAUGAUGUUCCAGUAACAAAUUUGGUCAAAAUUGGGUCAUACAGAUCUGGUGUAGGCACCAGUGGUUCAAAACAAGUUUGUUAUUAUUGUGAAGUCACAGAUGAAAUGAAGGUGUCAUCAGGAGGAGAGCAACAUGGUAGAGAAGACCAGCUGGAAGUUAAAUUUAAAUGGAAGUAUUCCUGCAUCCUUCAAAAUUACAGCUCUUGUCAGCAGCAAUAUGUAAAGAGAAAUUCUUUGAAAAGGAGUGGUGAAACUACUAAUAGUCAUAUAUCAACAAAUAAGAAAUUCAAGACAGUUAAAGUCAGUUGCAGCAUCCUUGGGAGGGAGCAGUUGGACGAAGAAUAAUUAUUUAUUUUGUUACUCCCUGUAAUGUUAAAGCUAUCAGGAGCUUUUGGUUUUAAGUAUGAGGAAUGCCUUGUUUAGUUUUAACUGUGACUCCUUCUUUGAAGAAUAUUUUCAUCAUUUUUACACUAUAAAAAAUAAUGUUUUCUCAGAUUAUAUUUUCAUUUUAGUUAUUUAUUUAAUGACAGAGAUUUAUUUUUUAUAGUUUUAGUAUGAAUGUUUACGUUUAAGUGAUAAAUAUACCUCAUGAUGGAUUAACAAUAGGUAGUGCUUGCUAAACACUUCCUUUGAUUACUGAGGGUCCGUUUUUAUCGUUUUUUAUGCCACUAACGUAUAAUUUGUAUUUUUUUUUUGAAACAUCACUUAUUUACUUAAUAAUAUAGAGAAAGCUCCGGAUGUCUAAAAAUACUUUUAUAUAUUGUCAAUGUACUGU